AUGGUUCGUAAGGCCGAGGAGACCCAGGGAUACGCGGACCGCUACAAAUGGAAGGACUUCUUCUCUGCGAUCAAAGUCGUCUACGGUCCGCCAACCAAAGGCACUGCACCCCUCCUCAGCGCCGACAGCAGUACUCUCCUCAAUGAAAAGGCGCAAAUUCUACACCGAUGGGCCGAGCACUUCCGAAGCGUCCUCAACCGCCCCUCCACCACCUCCGACGCCGUCAUUGCCCGUCUACAGCAAGUGGAGACCUACGGCGACCUCGGCCUCUCGCCCUCUUUCCACGAGACCAUCAAGGCCGUGCAACAGCUCUUUAGGGAAAGCACCCGGAUCGGACGCGAUCCCUGCUGA